AUGCGUUAGUAGGGGGCCUGAGCCGAAGUGUGUCCUCGUCGUGCCUGAGCAAAAUAUAUUGCAUUAUUACAUUAAAUGGCCUUUAAAUGAUGUAACUUAUUGUUGCAUGUGUUUCUGAGCCUGUUUCACUGUGCUUCCAUGGAAAACCUGAAUGAUGGUGUGCAGCUGAUAGGAUCUUGGAAUCAGGCCAAGAUGGCCCUCAGACUUCCUGAAGUACCAUUUUUCUGGUUACUGGUCUGACAUGCAAGGCAUUUGCAAUGACAUAUGAACUUGCUCUGUAUAAUGUACAAGUAAAGGCAAAAGGAUUUAAUAAAAAAAAUGCAAAAUGUUAUUUUUGGUGUAAAAGCCAUGAAUAACCAUGGGGGUUGUUCGGUCCGAUCACUCCGGGCUACAGCCCUCAACAAUUUAGCCUUAUUUUAGCUUCGAUGCCAAUCUGCCGUCAAAAAAGUAAGUCCCAGGUAAAGCUGACUUAGCCCCUGAUCUUUUCCGUAGCUAGGAACUCCUCUGACUGUCACAAGAGCAACCUUGGUUGUGAAAUCAGUGCUCUUGAAGUUCCGUUCCCAGUGAAGGAUGACUUUGCUGCCACCUAUUGGCAUGAAAAUGAACACGCAGCUGUCGCCACCACCGGCUUGAUGCCCCCUAUUCUCACAUAAUAAAGCCAACUGAUGGUCUUACGGCGCAUAACCGUAAAUGUCACAACGGGAUUGCCAAUCAAAAAAUACAAAUGGUAAAAAUCGCACUUAAACACACCCGGUUUUCCGUUACGUUUUUUUCCCAUUUUCCUAAGGAAAAUUUUCCUUGAAAUACUGAAUUACGUAAGUACGUUUAGGCGUCGGUGAUAAAAGAUUUCAUUUACAGAAAAGUAUUUCAUUCACAGCGAACACAUCUAUAUAGAAAGGCGAACAAGGCAAACUCUUGACGUCAGGAAACACAGUACAGUGCUAUUUUCUGUCUAUUUAAUUGUACAUAUAUAAUUUAUACUGGACAAAAUUCAGGUAACCUUUAAAUAUCAACGCCACAGAACACAGGUGGAAAUACCGAGAUUUAUCUCUGAAAUAAACAGCCAUCAGUAUUUUCACCAUUAAAAACAUUGCUUGAUUUUUAAGUGACGAAAAUGUAGUGGGUACAUUUCCAUUUAGAUGGUUUUGUCCAAGGCGGCAUCAGGCAAGUGAUCGCAAAUAGGUCGACCCUUACGUGAAUGACCAUCGUACAUUGCCCUUUCGAAAGAAACCUGUUUACGUCAAGAAAUAAACGAUUAAGCAAAAACAAGAGAUUAUGCAUACGUGCCGAGCCACAGAUAGGUCAAGCUUUUCCCAUCGUUGAAAGAAGAUGUUUCCAGUGACUUUCCAAAUAUCAUUCAUCUUUAUGUCAGACUUCUGCACUCAAGUAUCGUAUGGUCCUAAAGCUGCGUUAACAGUCCCACGGUCCAAAAUGCACGCACGACAUCUCCCAUAACCUCUCCCAUAACCAAAGGAAGAUUUCGUUAUACAGAUGCGGAAUGGAAGGCUGCAUGUUGCUAUGGAAAGACCGAAUAAAUAGCUCUCUAUGCAUCUGUCAAACAAAAUUGUGUGGAUACGAGCAGGCCGUGCCAAUUUCAUUUUAGCAUUCGAAAAUAGCAGCAUUUCAAGUGCUGCGUCCAACUUUCAAGCAUUAGAUAUUUUUUUUGCUCAGCAAAACCACGCGCUCAAGUGCUUGUACAUGUAGGGCAAAUAAGUAAAGCGCAAGCAAAACAGCGGAAUUGCAGUUUUUUUUCCAUAGAUUUAUUUUUAACGUUCCCAUAAAACGUCAUUUGAACUGUUUAUUCUCUCAUGUCUAUUAAGUAAACAACCUAAAAUGGGAAGUUCCCAGCGAAAGCCAGGGAGAGCACGGAGCGAUGGCGAGCAGUCAGGGUGCUCCGCCGACGGCGAGGACUCUGCAGGAGCGGCUCAUCUGGACUAAAGUGUGUGACAGAUCUGAAGAAUUUCUGACAACGGGCUUGAUUUAAAAACUGUUGCCUUACUUAUGUGUGUCAUCACGAGGGAAGCAUAGUUUCCAGUCUUCUUGAUUAAACUUACGAAAUGGAGAUCCUUGCCAGGGCUUGGUGGCUUCAGAUUCUUCUGCUGCUAGUGUGUCACGGUGCCACUGGGCUGAACUUCACGGUCCUGCUCUCCAUGCCCAACACAUCCAUUCCCUUCAGUGCCGGACGGGUUGGUGCUGGAGCCCUGAUAGCGAUCGAUAAAGUCAACCAGGACCCAAAUCUUCUUCCAGGACACCACCUUGACUAUAAAUACUUGGAUGACCACUGUGAUUCGGUGGUGGGACCUGGGAGGAUUGUCGACCUUCAGCGCACGCAUAAUUUCAGCGCUUUCAUUGGUCCGUCCUGCUCCAAGGUUUGCUCUCUCAUUGGCAGACUUGCUUCUUAUUGGAACAUUGCUAUGAUCAGCCCAAUAUGUGCAGACCAGCAAUUCCUGGACAAGAAGGACUUCUCCACGCUCACCAGGGUCUUCGGCCCUUUCACGAAGAUGGGCUCGUUCUUCGUCCGCAUCUGUGAGAACUUCAGGUGGAAACGUAUCGGGAUCAUCUACGACGAAAGUCCUGCUUGGAACAUACCAGCAGAGGGAAUCAGGUACAGUGUGCAAAAUAAUUCUAUCACUGUGGCCAAGUACGUUGGUUUCCGAGACAACAACAACAGGGAUGCCUCAGACUUUGCCAAGAUCCUCCAGCAGGUGGCUGCAGUGUCUCGCAUUAUUGUGAUUUCAGCCCGAGGCGAGGUGGUGAGGAGGUUCCUCAUCGAGGCCCACAAGCAGGGCCGGACCAACGGGGACUUCGCGUUUUUCUCGUUCGAGCCUUACAAGGAGAAGCAAAUGUUUGGCGAUUUCUCCUGGAGGAGAGGAGACCCCGACGACUCCAUUGCCAAGCAAGCCUUCCGGGCUCUCUUCCUGCUCUCCCUGUACAAGCCCAGCAACGAGAUGUACGAGAACUUCUCAGCGGAGGUGGUCCGACGUUCCAAGGAGAACUUCGGCUACACGUACGACCCGGAUGAGAAGGUUUUGCGUGGCUGUUUUUUUAAACAGGUGUCAAUCCUGGCUGCCCUCGCCCACGAUUCCGUGUGGCUGUACGCCCAGGCGCUGCAUGAGACCCUGUUGGAAAACGAAGACCCCUACGAUGGCCGCAAUGUCACCCGCCGCAUGUGGAGCAGAACGGUGACAGGAAUCCAGGGCGAUGUCACCAUAGAUGACAAUGGGGAUCGGGAGUCGGCCUACAUGAUGUACCACUCCCAGAGCAGCGAGGGCGUAUUCAAAGUGAUCGCAAAUUAUUUUGGGACAAACAAGACCUAUGAGCAGGUGAAGGGGGUCCAGAUCAUGUGGCCGGGAGGCAGGAAGACCCCGCCCAAAGACACACCAACUUGUGGAUUCGGUGGGGAGCUUUGUCCGUUUGCUGAGAGGACCCUGAUCAUCUCUGUGGCCUUGAUCCUUGGCCUACUGGCUGCGGGGAGUCUGACCAUUGCCCUGCUCUACAGGAAGUACAAACUGCAGGAGAAAGCGUCGAUGAUGCUGUGGAUGGUCAACCUCGAUGAUGUUGCCAUGACGGAACACCACACUUCGUCCUCGAUGUUCUCUUUGAAUGGCGGCUCAGCACAGGACGAAGCUGCUAGCAGUGAGGUGGACAGUGAGAUGCUGUCCAGCAGGACUGCACUGUAUAAAGAGAACAUGUGUUCCAUCCGGUUCUUGAACGUGCGGAGUGUCAACCUGACAGGCGACCUACUUGCGGAGUUGCAGCAGUGCAAGGACCUGAGCCACCCGAACAUCUGCGGCUUCGUCGGGGCCUGGCUGGAGUCACCUCCGCUGUUUCUGCUCACCGAGUACUGCUCCAAGGGCAGCCUGCAGGACAUCCUGAGGAACGAGUCCAUCAGACUUGACUGGACGUUCAAGUACUCUCUGAUGCUGGACAUCGUGAAGGGAAUGGACUACCUACACCGCAGUCCCCUACGUUCCCAUGGACACCUGUCCUCAUCCAACUGUGUGGUGGACAGCCGCUUCGUGCUGAAGGUCACCGACUUUGGUCUCAGCUCUCUGAGGCGGCCACCAGGGUCCCAGAACCACCAGAACCACUGGCAACGUCUGCUGUGGAGAGCCCCUGAACUUCUAAGGGGCACCACGCCCCACAAUGGCACUCAGAAGGGGGACGUCUAUAGCUUCGGCAUCAUCGUCCAGGAGAUAGUCUUCCGCCGUGAGCCCUUCUACAUUCCUGGGCGCACCCUUAAGGCUGAAGAUAUCGCGGAGCGGGUGAAGGCGGGAGGCUGCAGCCCCCUCCGGCCACAUGUCGACCGGGCAGAGUGCCCCGAGGCUGUGGAGACCCUGAUGCGAAGUUGUUGGAGGGAGAGGCCCGCAGAGCGACCAGACUUCCCCGCACUGAGGACACUGGUGAAGAAGCUCUCCCCAACUGGGGGAAGCGACAACAUCCUGGAUGACCUGCUCUGCCGCAUGGAGCAGUACGCCAACAACCUGGAGGAGGUGGUAGAGGAGCGCACUGCCCAGCUCGUACAGCAGAAGAAGAAGGCGGAGAGCCUCCUCACGCAAAUGUUGCCUCGGUCAGUUGCUGCCCAGCUGAUAGCUGGACAGACAGUGCAAGCGGAAACGUACGACUGCGUCACCAUCUACUUCAGCGACAUCGAGGGAUUCACGGUGUUGGCGUCCAGUAUUACUCCCAUGCAGGUCGUAGACCUUCUGAAUGAUUUGUAUACAAACUUUGACAAGAUCAUCGACAAUCACGACGUCUACAAGGUCGAGACCAUUGGAGAUGCCUACAUGGUGGUGUCAGGUCUGCCCAUCCGGAACGGAGAUGACCACGCCAAAGAGAUCGCCAGGAUGUCCCUGGCUGUGGUGAGGGCUAUGGAGCAGUUUGAGAACAAGCAUGUCCUGGGCCAGCAGCUGAAGGUCCGGAUCGGGCUUCACUCAGGGCCCUGUGUGGCUGGCGUCGUGGGCCUGAAGAUGCCCCGCUACUGUCUGUUUGGGGAUACGGUCAACACGGCUUCCAGGAUGGAGUCCCACGGCUGCCCGCUCAGGAUCCAUGUGAGCAGCCCUACCAAGGCGCUCCUCGAUAAAUUUGGGACGUUUCACCUGGAGCUAAGGGGGACCGUUCAUAUGAAGGUGCGGGGGCUGCCUCUUCUCUCUCGUUGCUGUCGCUGUAAUAGGACAGCAGGUGGCAUUGCAGUUCAUGUCCACAUACCAGGGGAAGGGUCCUGUCACUACAUAUUGGCUCCUGGGAGAAGAGCAGUGAAGAACCGCAGCACGAUAUACACGUCGUCUCGCACUCCGUAAACUGAUCCUCAGUUUUUAUGUGGGCUCUCUAGUGGUUAUUUAAAUUGCUACCUGUUUGGAUUUGGAUUUCCCAUUCAACACUGUAGCGAUCCAUAAGGUAUGCAUGGAAAUACAUUUAUUGUGAAUCCAUAAAGAGAGUUUAUUCUGCUAGAAAGAAGAAAAGUCAAGUCACUAAAAUAUAUAGAUAUACAUAAAAAUAAUCACAAACUACACUGUAAUUUUUAAAAAAAAAUUUGGAUGACAUAAUAAAGAAUGUUUUUCAUGUGCUUGGACCAGACAAGAGGAAUUAGGACUUAUUUUCAUCUGCUUUUUUAUGCUUUGUCGUUGUGCUUUGUGCUUUAU